UUAACCUUCUUGGAAAACGCAGCUGGCAGUUCUCUGAGGUUUGUCAUUAGAAUGUGAAGACAGCCACACAGAAAUUGCACAGACUAUUUACAGAUCGUUUGGUUUACACUGAGAGCCAUUGCUUCACUUUUGUGCGGUAGGAAAAUGAGAUUUCAGAAAUUCCUUUUUGCAUUUUUUAUUUUUAUUAUGAGUCUUCUCCUUAUCAGCGGACAGAGACCAGUUAAUUUGGCCAUGAGAAGAAAAUUGCGCAAACACAAUUGCCUUCAGAGGAGAUGUAUGCCUCUCCAUUCACGAGUACCCUUCCCCUGAGAUCUCUCCAGCUAACUUUACUGGAUCUAUCAGAAGAAGAGGAGUGAAGAAAAGAUACCCAACCACAAAAAAGAACUUCAUGACGGCAAGUGUGAUUGCUUAGGAGUUCCUGUACAAACAAGGAGCAUUUGAAGGCAUCUGGGAUAGUUUAUUAGUUUCACAGAAUUUUAUUCUUCUUGGUUUCUCUUGAGAGGGAAAAUAACAUAAAUUCAAAAGGAUUCCAAUCUGAAGCCCAAAUUAUUGGCCUACAUAACAAAAAUAUCUCAUCUUUUCCUGCACAUUAUUAUUCUCUUAUGGGUUAAAAGGAAAAAACCUUUUAGUGUCUUAGAAUUCUUUCAUGAUAAAAAGUGCAAGAAUUUAAAAUGUUCCUUUUAUAAUCCUAUAAUUCUCCCAAAGUAUUAACUUUGUAUAUGUUUCAGUAAUUUUCUAAAAA